CAUGGCGCUGUUUUAAACUGUUAGAAACUUUCUCCAUAAAUGAAGCUGCUUUUUAGCUUCAUAUUUACCACUUAAUAGGAACUAUCUGACUGGUAGGGCAGAGACACAUAAAACCUCUUGUUUUUAUUAUGACUUCUUCUUAUGAACUGGUUUAUAUGUCUUAGACAGCCCGCUCGGCAUAGAUAUUUACGGUAGCAAUCGGUUUGUUUAGCUAAUUAGCUUAGCAGAAUGUUUGUGGUUUAUUAUAUACAGUUAACUAGCUUAGAUAACGUAGCUUUAUUUUUGACAAAUGGAGACUGUAGCUUAGGUUAGCUAAGUAGGCAACUAGCCCUCGUCAGCUGAGCUUGAUGCCUCGCAGGUUGAUUUAAAUGUGCAUAUAAAAAGCUAACGUUAGAUGAAGAAUGUAUCGAUGAUCAGACACAAUCAGAAAGGAUCCCCGAUGUCGGCUGCUGAGCUGAGUAAGUACGCGAACAGCGGUGACUGGGUUACCAAACACAGUGUGAGCCGGAGCUCUGGACCUCAAACGCAGCUUUUGUUUAAUCUGGCCAUGCCAGGCAGUGUACUCAACCGGGCCACCCGAGCGGGACCUCCGGCUCCUAUUGUGAUCGAGAAGCUCAUACCUCAUAGAGAAAGGCAGGAUGAUGGAGAGAGCUGUAGCAGCUCCUUACGUCUUUCAGUACUCUCUGAGGACCGACUGCAGGCUGCUGUGAGACUAGCUAAGAGAGACUUGCACAGAAAGCGGCAAGAGUCCAUAAAUAGCCAUUUAUCUGUGGAUAGGUCUCCAAGUCCAGAAAUCCAGAAUAACACAGCCAACUGGCAUGUGCUAAAUGACUCUUCUCCUAAAGGAAAGCAGAGGACAAGCAGUCCAAAGAGGCAGACAAAGUCCUGCUCACAGGUGCUUGUAUACACUCCUCAGAGGUUUUCUGUGACCACUGUGCCUGAAGGUCAGUCUCCUCCUACCAGGGACCCUGGCUUAAAAGAUAGCAGAGGUGAUCCACUGCUCAGCAGGGAGAUCCACAAGCUGCAGAAGGAGCUGGCCACAUACAUCCAAAGGAUAGAACAGCUGGCAAAUAAAGGGCAAAUGGCAGAAACUGUGGAGCCGGAUGAGAAGCGGAGGAUGGAAAUCCGUCGGCAGGAGCAGGCUGCCCGCUCUGCGCGGAUCAUCUAUGUGUUACAGCAGCAGGUGAAAGAAAUUCAGGAGGAUAUAGACAAGCUGCGGUCUCAGAGUGCAAGACAUACCAAAAAGUCAAGGGCAGUGGAUCGGCUGGCAGCGGCUCAUCGAGGGGCUGUCCGAGCCAUGCAGGUGUUCAUCAACCAGCUGUCAGACCCUACAGAGAGCAGAUUGCCUGCCCAGUGCAAAGAGCUGGGUCAGCUCAUCCGGCAGCUCUCUCUCUGCUCUGCCAAGAUGGAGGUGGGCCAGGGCUCAGCUGUACCGGAGACCACCUUGGACAUCCUGCAGAAGUUAGAGAUCCUGGACACAGCUCUGAGUAAGCAGACAGGUCCCGAGGAUAGGGAGCCACGAAUGCGGAGUGCAUCUCCCGCAAGACAGAGGUCACUCAAAACCAGAGCUCAUAGCAUGUCCCCUCCUCGUGUUCCUUGGGCCCUGGCUGCCAAAGCUCAUCGAGGGUCGAGGAAGUCGGUAGCUCCAAAGAAGACCUUGACUGGCAAAAGAGUGGCAGGGCAGCCCCAGAGAGCAGCCCAGUUCUUGAAGCAGGAACGCAGUGAAGUUUUGAAGGCUGGUAUCCAGAGCCUGAUGCAGCAAAGGGAACAAAGAGAACAGGAGAGUAAGAGCAGGCCAGAGCUACACACCCCCAACCCAGCCACUGGCGCAGCCUAUCGAGACAAGAGCAAGCAGGGCACUCAUGUUCGAGAUGCUGGCUUCCAGCAGCCCACUGUUUCGUCCAGGCUUAGAGAAAGUCAAUUACCACAGAAAGAGGUCUCUGUGCCCUGGAUUCCCACUUCUCCUCAUUCCCCUACUAAACAACGCAGAACUGUAUCCAGCAGGCCAGAGCCAAGGUGUCUCUUCUCCCCAGGAAAGAGCUCUUCAGAGCCCACAGGUGUGCAGCCCCAAGGCCAGGGACAGGGCAAGAACAGGACCCAGCAAGGGGUAGCUGCGGAAUCCAUGCGACAAGCCCAUAAUGAGGCCCUCAGGCAAGCCUGGCUGGAUAGGAUAACAGAAGACAGAGUGAGAGAGCUGAAUCAGCUCAGCAAAGAGGAAACGGAGCGUAUUAACAGACUCAGGACUGAGGUGGGUUCUCCAACAGAGUGGGCUGAGAGAGCAGAGCAGGCAGCUAGAGAAAGGCUUCAGCCUCUACUAGACUCCGUGCAGCAGGUGGGUGAGGUACAGAACAAAAAGGGUUCGUCUUUUAAACAGCGACUGUUGGAACAGGCUGUUGAUAAGAGUGCAGUGAAUGCGGAUCUCUUGAGUGAGGCCAUUCUGGAGGAUCUACUGGAAGACACAGCUGCAGCAGUGUGGGCAGUGGAAAGGGAGCGGGGUGCUGAAGCCCAGGCACACAGACUGCUGCAGGAGCCCACACUGGAGAGCAUGCUGCUACGCAUGGAGGAGAUGGAGAAAGACCAAGAGGAAGUGAGGCGACGUUUUGCCAUGAUCUCUUACUCUGACCCGCUGCUGUGGGAAAGGGACACUAGAACCCGAAGGAAGAGCAAUAGCUCUAGGCCAGCAUCCCCACAACCCAUCAGACUGACCAAACCAGCUCCAAGACCCUCCACCACGGGCGACAUCGUCCUGCAGAAUCCAGUGGAGACUGGCAUAGUGUCAGAAAGCUCUUUGCUGGAUGAGGAAUCAUCUGCCCCCAUACCCAGCCAUCCAUUCCCAAGCCAGGUGGAAAAUAAAGGAGGGGUUCAGCUGACUGUGCCCUCGAGCAUGCAGAAGAACAUUCAGAAGUACCGAGAAGCCCAUGAUUCCUAUUUACGCUUAGUGUCCCACGAGGCAGUGGGCAGCUUCAACCCCUGGGCCGUCGCCGAAAGUCUGGCUGAGGAGCUGAUGGAAGAGGCCUUGACGGAUGUGGCAGCAGAGUUUCAGCACGUUUGUGAGGAGUACGCAGAAGCCAUCUUCACCUCAGAGUUUCUCCAGCCAGUGCAGUCUCCUUCUCUGUCUGUGUCAUAGCAGUGGAACCAAUAAGAACUCUCCAUCAUGGGUGCUAUUUCUGUUGAAUCUAAAUAUCACUUCUGUAUUUCUUAGGCUUUUUAAGGGAAAAAGGCUGAAUGAUGUUUAAAAAUGCAGCAGUUUUAAAGUGAUUUUUUUUUUCCUGGAUGUUUUUAGACUUGUGUGAAUGUUCUCACUGUUGUUGCUAUGGCCCCUGUGAGCUUUCUAGGAAAAAAGUGACAUAAUUAAUGCAUUACAUAGGAUUAUACGAUUAUGUUCCCUUUCCCUUUCCAUUUAUAACUUGGCCCAGACCAUUAAAUUUUUACACUCACAUGAGCCUGUGACUGCACUCAAGGACUCACAGUCUAUGCGUUUUUAUUACUGUUGUUGGAAACCAAUUUACAUACAAAGGGGAAAGAAAAAAGAAACCGUUUCUCAUUACCAUUAGAUGUGUGCAGUGGGCACUAGUGUGGUGUGACUGAGGUGCAGUAAUUAAGUGGCAAGUGAUAAUAGUAGUGCGCAGAGGCCAAAGUGCUAAAUGAAUUCAUGUGUUAUGUCCUGAAGGGAGAGGAGAGACAAAAAAGUGGAUGAGUCCAGAUGUUGGACUGGCCUACAGGGAAUAUGCUUGUGACAGAGGACACACAGUGACUGAGUAAAUUAGCCAUUUUGCAUGGGUUGUGUGUGUGUGUGUGUGUGUGUGUGUGUGUGUGUGUGUGUGUGUGUGUGCGCAUGCAUGCAUUUCUUCACCACCAAAUAUAGAAAAAGGUUAUGCAAAGGUUGCUGUACUCGUGCCAUACGGACAGUGCUGUUAUUCUAAAGAAGUGCUUUAAUACGCCCCCUGACCAUCUGCAUCCUAACAGCCAUUACCAUACAUUCGCAGCAUCAACUCAGGAAGAACUGUGCAUUCUUGGCAUUGCAUUAUACUGAAUGUGUGUGCCUGUGGGUGUUUGUGUUUUAUUACUUGAUUAAAUAUUAUAUUGCAGUAAUAACGUUUGAUGAUCAACUUAAUUAUGAAGGUUUCAGGUUAUUUAAAAGCUGGAAUAAUAGAUAUAUACAGGG